AUGUCGCUGCCCUCCCACCAGCAAACACACAUUGACGAGCUCGUUCGAGAGUUGAAGUCCAACAACCCUGACGACAUCCUCCAGUUCUGUGCCAACUUCUUCAACCAGAAGCUGUCCCUCGAACGAACAACCCACCGCGGGUCCGCUGAUCGAGGCGCCGCCAACGGUAACAAGAUGGCAGACACUGCCAGCCCGUUCGGGACCAGCAAGAAUGUCAAUUCGAUACAAGAAGAGGAGGAGGAGCACGACACCCUAGGCUCGCCUACCGACUCGAGGUUCAAGUCGGGCAACAGCGGUUCAUCACCCUUUGGCAACACCUCUCCAUUCGGUGCUGCUGCCGGCGGAGCUGCUGCUGGCGGUGCAGGUGGCAGCCUCUUCGGCAACUGGCUCGGCAGCCAAGGUCAAAGCGAGCAGGACAACUCCCAGCAACCACUCCCUACCAACUACGCAGGCAACCGACGCACAUCUGUGUCCGCAGAGAGCAUGCAGCCCGACGCCGAGUCCUCCAACUGGAAGCCACCUAAGCACUCCAAGACACCAGACCAGCUCGACCGCUUGAAGAAAGCUGUCGCCGCCAACUUCCUCUUCUCCCAACUCGACGAAGACUCUUUCAGCACUGUCCUCGAUGCUCUCGUCGAAAAGUCCAUUCCUGCACAGAACAUCAAGGUCAUCAGCCAGGGCGACGAAGGCGACUACUUCUACGUUAUCGAGCAAGGCGAGUUUGACAUCUACAUUCAUUCUAGUGGAAGUCUGCAGCCGGGCUCUGAGGGUAUGGGCAACAAGGUUGCCACGAUUGGUCCCGGAGGCAGUUUCGGCGAGCUCGCUCUGAUGUACAAUGCUCCUCGUGCUGCAACCGUCGUAAGUGCUGGUAAGGGUGGAUUGCUCUGGGCGCUCGACCGCAUCACCUUCCGCCGCAUUCUCAUGACCAGUGCCUUCGAGAAGCGCAAGAUGUACGAAGGCUUCCUCGAGGAUGUCCCAUUGCUGUCGUCGCUGAAGCCUUAUGAGCGCGCCAAAAUUGCCGACGCACUUGAGACCGUCAAAUUCGGAGACGGCGAGAAUAUCAUCACUGAAGGCGAGCCAGGCGAUGCGUUCUACCUGCUUGAGUCUGGCUCGGCUACCGCAUAUAAGCAAAAUAUUGACCACCCCGUCAAGGAGUACACCCGUGGCGACUUCUUUGGAGAGUUGGCGUUGCUCGACGACAAGCCUCGUGCGGCAAGCAUUGUGGCUAAGGGUGCCGUCAAGGUUGCGAAGUUGGGACGAGAUGGGUUCAAGAGGUUGUUGGGUCCUGUCGAGGGCCUCAUGCGGAGGGAGGAGUAUGAGGGGGUUGAGCAGCUGGAUCCUUUAAGCCAGCAGAAGACUGUUACUUAG